GGAGAACUGAAGCCAAAAAUUGAGUUAAUUUCUUUCGAUAGCCAAAGUGACGAAAUUAUCGAUUUCAGGCGUUAUUUGUGCUAAAUGUGUCUUACCUUGGAGAAAUAUAUCUUUAAAGUUCGUAUUUUCGCGCUGUUUCGGCUUUCAAACCGUGGGCACCAAUUUUAAAUCAGCGGUCUUCCAAAUGAGCCUGUGACGUAUGUUAUGGGGAUCACUUGAGGACGUGUUAUCGUUCGGCUAAAUUUUAAUACAAAUUGCUUGUUCGUCGACCCUUCGUCAUGAGCGGAAUAGAACCAUUUCAGUUCGAACCAGUAUAUCAGCCUGGAGAAGAACCUCCUCAGGAAGAGAGUGUAGAACAGGAGGUAGAAGCCCACGAAGAAGACACUACUUCGAGGAUGGGAAACACCGAAUGGUGUUUGUGCGGCGCUUGUGCGCUUAUGCCGGUGGCAAAUGAAUGUUACUGCCGCCAAGAACUAGAGGAGCUUAAUCAAAAGUUCGACAAUUCAGUUGUUAGAUGUAUAACAGAACAUCCGAAAUUUGGCAUUGUAUGCUUGGACAAGGAUGUUUUAAGCACGGCAUUGGUUGCAAUCCACAAUGCGCGGCUCAAUCCAAUUCCCGACCCUAUCGUCAAAAGGUAAACUGUCUUUUUCUUUCUUAUUUUGUACGCGUAAUUAAGUCAAUCGCUUUUGUGACUUUAUAUCCUCUUGUUCUCUAGAACUUGGCGUUUGGCAACCUACAGACAAUUUACUUGGUGGGCACAUGGGGUAUUAGGAAAAAACCGGCGUAGAAUCGUGCCAGCAUGCGUCGUCACGGCCAUACGUAAAACAUUUCCUGAAGAGAGUGGUAAUUACGUGGGGUUUCGAGAAGCAGA